ACUCAGUUUGUUGUGCGGCUCUCCGACUACUCGCUCCUGCAUUGCCGUGCAAGCAGAUGUUCUUUCUCUAAUGCUAAUUUACACGAUUUUCAUUUCGGGAGCAGGUAUUCUUUUACAGGAGGAUAACCGACAGGCGGUACAGUGGUACACAAAGCGCCGGACGCUGGCACGUCACAGAGUUCUAAACAGGAAAACGGCUUUGGAAAGAUACAGAAACACAAGACAGAAAGACCGAGGCAACGGCUCCUUUAUUUACCACACCUGUGAUGCGUUGUUUCUGAGCAACGAAGACGCGCGACGGGGAUACCAAUGGCCAGGUUACUGGAGGAAGAUGCGUGCUGAGGAAGGACUUUAACGUAGAGGCGCUUAGAAACGGCUCUUUAAACGACUCAAGAAAUCUUUCGUACUCUGAAAUAGUCUAGAAGUGAUUAUUUAAUUUUGAAACUUAAACGGAGAAGUAACACAAACAUGAUGCCCUUACACCUGGGGCCCUUUGUCCGCUGCAGACUCGGUGCCACCCUCGUGAUGCCCUGGCUUCUCUUUGCAAGCUUUACCUGCAUUGGUGCCGAGCACACGGCCACGGCAACCCUUCCUGCAGCCUUCUCGGACCUGUUACCUCACUUCCUGGUGGAGCCGGAAGACGAGUACAUUGUGAAGAACAAGCCGGUGACCCUGACCUGCCGCUCCACCCCCGCCACACAGAUCUACUUUAAAUGCAACGGAGAGUGGGUGCAUCAGGACGACCACCUGAUCGAACGCACCAUCGACCCUGCCACAGCGCUGCCUAUCAUGCAGGUGAAGAUCGACAUCACCAGACAGCAGGUGGAGAAGAUCUUCGGCCUGGACGAGUACUGGUGCCAGUGUGUGGCCUGGAGCACUACAGGAACCCAGAAGAGCCAAAAAGCAUACGUGCGGAUUGCCUACCUGAGGAAGAACUUUGAGGAAGAGCCAAUGGGGAAGGAGGUGGCGUUGGACCAGGAAGUGCUUCUCCAUUGCCAUCCUCCGGAGGGCAUACCACCGGCUGAGGUGGAGUGGACGAGGAACGAGGAUCUGAUCGACCCGGCCAGUGACCCCAAUUUUUUCAUCACGGCGGACCAUAAUCUCAUCAUCAAACAAGCCCGCCUGGCAGACACGGGCAACUACACCUGCGUGGCCAAGAACAUCGUGGCUCGCCGCAAGAGCACCUCGGCCACCAUCCUCGUCUACGUUAAUGGAGGCUGGUCGACCUGGACCACCUGGUCGGCCUGCAGUGCUUCCUGUGGGCGUGGCUGGCAGAAGAGGAGUCGGAGCUGCACCAACCCCGCCCCGCUGAACGGAGGCACUUCCUGCGAGGGCCAGAGUGUCCAGAAAAGCGCCUGCACGGCCACCUGUCCAGUAGAUGGAGGCUGGAGUGAGUGGAGCAAGUGGUCGGCGUGCGGGGCGGAAUGUUCCAUGUGGAGGAGCAGGGAGUGUACCCAGCCCUUGCCUGGCACGGGGGGCAAAGACUGCCAGGGCAUCGACCUCCAGUCCCUCAACUGCACCAGCGAGCAGUGCCCCCAGACAGCGAGCGGGGCCGAGGACGUGGCCCUGUACGUGGGCAUCGUGGCGGUGGCCCUCUGCCUCACCCUGCUGCUCACCGUGGUGGUCCUGGUCUACCGGCGCAAGAAGGAGGGCCUGGACGCUGACGUGGCCGACUCGUCCAUCCUCACCACCGGCUUCCAGCCCAUGGGCAUAAAGCCCAGCAAGCCAGGUGUGUGGGCGCCCCGCCCCCGGCCUCGCCACAGCAGGCCACCGCCCCCUCCUCGCAGCAAGAACUCCCAUCUGCUUACCAUCCAGCCUGAUCUAACCACCACCACCACCAGUUACCAAGGUACCCUGCGCUCGCGCCACGACAACACCGCCAAGUUCUCCAUGACCAACGGGCCUCUCCUGGACCCUCUGCCCAACGGCUCCCACACGCUGCACAACGGCAAGCUGACCUCCGACCCUGCCGAGUUCAUGAGCAGGCUGUCUACCCAGACCUACUUUAAAACGCUGCCGCGCGACGUUGCCAACGCCACCUACGGAACGUUCAACUUCCUGGGGGGGCGACUGACCCUCCCCAACACAGGCAUCAGCCUGCUCAUUCCUCCCGAGGCCAUCCCCAGAGGGAAGAUCUACGAGAUCUACCUGACACUCCAGAGGAAGGAGGAUUUAAGGUUACCCUUGGCGGGCUGCCAGACCCUGCUGAGCCCCAUCGUGAGUUGUGGGCCCCCAGGGGUGGUUCUGACCCGGCCCGUCAUCAUGACCAUGGACCACUGCUCCGACGCCAGCCCUGACAACUGGGCCGUGCGCCUCAAGAAGCAGAACUAUGAGGGCGUGUGGGAGGACGUGCUGCAGAUGGGCGAGGAGCUGGCGUCGGACCCCUACUACUGCCAGCUGGAGGUGGAGACCUGCCGGGUGUUCUCGGAGCAGCUGGGCCGCUUCGCGUUGGUGGGCGAGUCACUCAACAUGGCCGCCGCCAAGCGCCUUCGUCUGGUCCUCUUCUCCGACGCCUACUGCUCCACCCUGGAGUACAACAUCAGGGUGUACUGCAUGGACGACACACAGGACGUCUUCAAGGAGGUGGUGCAGAUGGAGAGCCAGCUGGGCGGGCGCCUGAUUGACGAGCCUCACGUCCUGCUCUUCAGAGACAGCUACCACAACCUGCGCCUGUCCAUCCACGACAUGCCCCUGGCCCACUGGAGGAGCAAGCUGCUGGCUGGCUACCAGGAGAUCCCGUUCUACCACAUCUGGAACGGCUCCCAGCGGUACCUGCACUGCACGUUCUCUCUGGAGCGUCUGAGUCUGACCACCUGCCAGCUCACCUGCCAGCUGUGCGUGUGGCAGGUGGAGGGGGAGGGCCAGAGCUUCAGCCUCGACUUCAACAUCGCCAAGGACAGCAGAGCUCUGGACUCUGAGUUCCUGAUGCUGGACACCAACGCCACUGCUCUGGCAGGUCCUAGUGCCUUCCAGAUCCCCUACCUCAUCAGACAGAAGAUCUGCAGCAGCCUGGACACGCCCUGCCCCAACGGAGCUGACUGGAGGAUGCUUGCCCAGAGACUCAAACUGGACAGACACAUGAGUUUCUUUGCGUCAAAAGCCAGCCCCACGUCUGUGAUCCUGGACCUGUGGGAGACGCAGCACUUCCACAGCGGCAACCUCAACCAGCUGGCCACCAUCAUGGCUGACAUCGGCAAGCAGGAGGCCAUGAUAUUCCUGGUGUCGGACGGGGAGUGCUAACCUCUGAUUGGAACAAGGUAGUGUACCCCCACCCCCCCCCCAACACCAGCACAUGGAGAGAGCAGAGAGGAGGACACGCCCUGUCCUAUCAGAGAGAGGAGAACAGGAUGGAGGGACACUGCUCGUCAUGUUUCGUUCUCUCUCGCCUCAGUAGUGUCAUGCCCAGGAUAGGCUGUGAUAGGCCAGGCCUCUUGAACAUUGUCUAGAGUAUUCCAAGUCAUUCUUUUGUUGAAGAAAAACACACUAGAAGUAUCUGGCCUAUUUAGUUGUGGGGGGGGGGGGUAGUAAAAUAAUUCAAACUCAAAAACAAGAAGCUCAAACGAAUAUGAAAACGGUUGACAUGUUUGAGCUCUCGUUCCCCCCUCAUGCCCCUUGACAGUUGGGUGUGUGACAGUGUUUGCUGUGGUCAAAUAUCACACUCGAUUAUGCAACUGGCUGGGCCAUUGUUAAGCAUCCCUUGACCUAAAACACACUGAUCCCCACGGGGAACUCUCACUAGCCCCACUUUACCCAAAACCAAUGGCGUAAUAUACAGUAGGUGUCAAAUCUGCUUGUGUCAUUAUAUGUGCUUUUAUCCAGACAGAGAUGAAGCUAAUCACGGAACAUGUUGGUUGGCAAUAGAUUUUAUGUCUUCACUCUUGAACAUCUCGUUUGUAACCGUCCUGUUUGAAGUGAAGCUGUUAUUGCUACGCUGUGAGGUCUUGAUUCUGUUAGACGCUCCAAAGCUUUUUCUUACAUGUGAAAAAUCUAUAUUUUCCUUUGAUUGGUUUGCUGAACUCUUGAAGAAAGUCAGUGAGCUCUCUAGAACCAUUACCUUUCAGAAGCCAUUUAUUCUCAAAGGUAAUACCCUUUUUCUUUUUGUAUUAUUUCUAAUAUAUUACCAAACGUAUCACAAUAGCACUCUGUUUUACUGAAUUCCUCAGUUUAUGAAGGGCCUAAGGCACAUUUCCUAGCUCAUAUUCAAGUGCAUAUGUCUCCAAAACUCAUUUCUGCGACAGCAUUACUGUCUGGUUGGGUUGUGGGGGCGAAUAUGUGUUACAUGAAGCAGCGCCCAAAGGGAGCCACUGUAUAGACAAGACCCCUCUUCUCAAGUAUGAAUAAUGCAGAGAAACUGCCUACAGAAAAUCUGACAACAACAAAUUAUCAUCUGCAAAUGACUCUGAGUGAUACAGAUGGGAAGGCAGGGCUUGUUUUCAUAAUUCAUAAAGCGCUGUUGGUGCGACGUCCUCACGGGGCGCGUGACCCAGGUCAGCCCUUUCUCACGCUCUAUUAGGCACACAGGCACGGACGCGUAUUCGCUUUGCGCACCGCUGCGCACUCGUCACUUAGAAAGUCGAUUCCAAAACGGCAACAACAACAAAGUCGGAGGCAGAUCCAUGAAAUAAGGCAUUCUCUCUUCGUGUCUUCUGACUGGUCUCCUGACCCUGACCACUCUGCAUAACCAGGAAGAAUCAGGCCGCCAGUCUACGUAAAUAGGAGACUGGGCCCCUGUGGUGUGGAAGCUUAUGAGUAUGCCCCGUUUAGCCAUAGUCCUCACUGCCUCAGGGUUGCAUGGGGGGUUUUCACCCCCAGUUGUAUAGAAAGCCCUGGAUGCCAUGCCCUCCCCCAACCAGAAAGAAAGAAUUCAUGAUUGUCAGAUAGCUGGAAUGUACACGUUUAAGAUUUUGUAAGAGACACUGACUUUAUUUUUCCUCUCAUGUAGAACAUCUCCCAAGGUCCAUCAGUGUAGGAGAACCACGGCACUCUUAGUUUCCUUAGUUACCGCACACCUAAGACUUAACCACAACAUCCGUCAAGAGCAAUUCUAUUUGAAAUGUGGAAUGAAAACAGGGCUGUUGUCCUGCAUUUCUUGUGUCGAUGUUACAAGCUUUUGAACCAACAUGAACACCACAGACUAAAGGCCUGCUUUUUCCAUGUGAAAGUGAUUCAGAAUCAGAUGUAAUAUGUAAAUACUUUUCUACAGCAGCAGCGUGCUGUCACUUUACAUACUGUAUAUCAGCAGAAUUGCUAACCAAAGUUUUAUGAAAACCAUACGAGGCCACUGCAUCACACAGUAUAGUGCCCAUUCACGUGUUAUUUUAGGUGUUACUGUAGCUUGAGCUGCCAUUCGUUUUCGCCCUCAUCUCACUUCUCUACUAUCAUUAAGACAGACAUUAUGUCUGAAACUCUCAUUAUAGUCUUGUCUUCAUAGAACUUGUUUUGGCAGUGAUGCUAGUCGAGAAUUUAUUGUAUCACUUUGUAAAGAAAUUUAAAUUAUAUUUUAAUAUGGAGCCAAGAAAAAGA